GUUACAGCAAGAGAUCCAACUAAACCAAGAUUUGUCUGUGGUGCACUUGGUCCAACAAAUAGAACUUGUUCAAUUUCCCCCUCUGUUGAAAACCCUUCUUAUCGCAAUGUUACAUUCGAUGAGCUUGUUGAUGCAUAUACUGAACAAGUUAGAGGUCUUCUGGAUGGUGGUGCUGAUAUUAUAUUAGUGGAAACAAUUUUUGAUACUUUGAAUGCUAAAGCUGCCCUUUUUGCAAUUGACACACUCUUCGAAGAAGGUUCUUAUAAAAAAACCCCAAUAUUUAUUUCUGGUACUAUUGUCGAUCAGUCUGGCCGUACACUCAGUGGUCAAACCGGUGAGGCCUUUGUGGUCAGUGUCAGUCAUUCUCAUCCUUCGGCCAUCGGGUUGAAUUGUGCCUUAGGGGCUGAGCAAAUGCGCCCUUUUAUUCAAAAUAUUGCAAAUUUUACAAGCUCAUUUGUAAUUUGUUAUCCUAAUGCGGGUCUUCCAAACACGUUUGGUGAAUAUGAUGAGUCUCCUUCGAUGAUGGCCGCAAAGGUUCACGAAUUUGCUCGAGAUGGUUUGGUCAAUAUAAUGGGCGGUUGUUGUGGUACUACGCCCGCUCACAUAAAAGCCAUCGUUGAUGCUUGUUCUCAUUACAAGCCUCGAGUUCCACCACAUGAUGUUCGUUUGGAAAAUAUGUUAAUAUCUGGUCUGGAAGUCUUGAAAAUUAACAAAGAAUCCAACUUUGUUAAUUUAGGUGAAAGGUGUAAUGUAGCAGGUUCAAGAAAAUUCUGUCGUCAUAUUCUUAACGGUGAAUAUGAGGAGGCUAUGACAAUUGCAAGAGCUCAAGUUGAAAAUGGUGCUCAAGUUAUUGAUGUUAAUAUGGAUGAAGGAAUGUUGGAUGGGAAAGCUGCGAUGACUAAAUUUUUGAAUUUAAUUUCUUGCGAUCCUGAUGUUGCUAAGGUCCCUAUUAUGGUAGACUCUUCAAAUUUUGAUGUUAUAUUGGCUGGAUUAAAAUGUGCACAAGGAAAGUGCAUAGUUAAUAGUAUCAGUUUGAAGGAAGGUGAAGCCGAUUUUAUUAAAAAGGCAAAGAUUAUUCGAAGAUUUGGUGCUGCCGUUGUUUGUAUGGCUUUUGAUGAGACAGGUCAGGCUGAUUUAAAAGAUCGUAAGGUGGAAAUAUGCACCAGAUCGUAUAAAAUCUUGACAGAAGAAGUUGGAUUUAAUUCUAAUGAUAUUAUUUUUGAUCCGAAUAUCCUGACAAUUUGCACGGGUAUGGAAGAACAUAACAAUUACGCUGUAGAAUUUAUCGAAGCUACUAGAGUAAUAAAACAAACAUUACCUGGCGCAAAGGUCAGUGGCGGUAUUUCGAAUUUAUCAUUUUCUUACCGUGGAAUGGAUAAAAUUAGAGAAGCAAUGCAUAGUGUGUUUUUGUAUCAUGCAAUUAAAGCUGGUCUUGAUAUGGGAAUUGUAAAUGCGGGAUUCUUGACAAUUUAUGAUGAUAUCCCAAAAGACUUACUACAGCUAUGUGAAGAUGCAGUAUGGAACAGAGAUCCUGAUGUCACUGAAAAAAUUUUAGCAUAUGCGCAAAAAUUUGGAAAAGGUUCCAAAAAAGAUGAUACUGAAGAAGAAUGGAGGAAGAAUGAUGUACAAUCGAGAAUUUCUUAUGCUUUGGUUAAAGGUAUCGUAAAAUAUAUAAUCGAGGAUACUGAGGAAGCGAGACAACUGCUACCAAGACCAUUGGAUGUCAUUGAAGGACCAUUGAUGGCUGGCAUGAGUACUGUUGGUGAUUUGUUUGGUGCAGGCAAAAUGUUUUUGCCUCAAGUAAUUAAAUCCGCACGUGUUAUGAAGAAAGCCGUUGCACAUUUAAUCCCAUUUAUGGAAGCCGAGCGUCAAGCUAGUUUUGCAGCUAACGGAGGUGAAGGAAUAGAUACUGGUCCACAACAUGCUGGUGUUGUAGUUUUAGCUACAGUGAAAGGAGAUGUUCAUGAUAUUGGCAAAAACAUAGUUGGUGUCGUACUUGGUUGUAAUAAUUAUAAGGUUAUAGAUUUAGGCGUGAUGACUCCAUGCGAAAAAAUUAUUGAAACUGCUCUUAAUGAGAAAGCAGAUGUUAUUGGUCUGUCAGGAUUGAUUACACCAUCCUUAGAUGAAAUGAUACAUGUCGCUAGAGAAAUGGAAAGACGUGGCUUAAAUAUUCCAUUAUUGAUUGGUGGUGCAACAACAUCUAAGGCUCAUACAGCUGUAAAAAUUUCACCAAGAUAUACUCAACCAACAAUCCAUGUAUUAGAUGCUUCAAGGAGUGUUGUUGUGGUAUCAAGUCUUUUAGAUGCCAAGGUGAAAGAUGACUUUUGGGAAGAUAUAGCAGAAGAAUAUGAAGAAAUUCGUGAAGACCAUUAUUCUUCAUUAAAAGAUAAAAAGCAUUUGUCAUUAAAAGCCGCUAGAGAGCAACGAUUUAGGAUAGAUUGGAAAACCCAAGCACCACCAGUAAAGCCGUCGUUCAUUGGGAAGAAAGUGAUGAAUGAAUAUGAUCUGAAACGAAUUUCCGAGUAUAUUGACUGGAAUCCGUUCUUCCAAGUUUGGCAAUUACGUGGAAGAUAUCCCAAUCGUGGUUUUCCAAAGAUUUUUAACGAUGAGCAUGUUGGCGCGGAAGCAAAAAAAUUAUACGAAGAAGCAUUAGUUUUUGUUAAAAAGAUUAUUGAUGAAAAGUUGUUUGUUGCUAAGGGAAUUGUGGGACUUUACCCCGCCAAUAGUGUGGAUGACGAUAUCCAAGUUUAUGAGGAUGAAUCACGUUCUAAAGUCUCUUCAACGUUCUUUGGUUUGAGGCAACAAUCUCAAAAAGAAACUGGCGAUCCAUACUUUUGCCUUUCCGAUUUUAUUGCGCCUAAAGAUUCCGGCAUAUCAGAUUAUCUAGGCUUAUUUGCUGUAGGAAUAUUUGGAACCGAAGAAUUGUGCAAAAAAUUCCAGGAAGAUCACGAUGAUUAUAAUGUAAUCAUGACAAAAGCAAUUGCAGAUAGAUUUGCGGAAGGAUUUGCGGAGUGCUUACAUGAAGAUAUACGGAGAGAAUUGUGGGGGUUUAGUCCAAAUGAAGACUUAUCAUUAGGAGAUAUGUUAAGUGUUAAAUAUCAGGGAAUUCGGCCUGCUCCUGCAUAUCCGUCACAACCUGACCAUCGUGAAAAAACCACAAUGUGGAAGUUGAUGGACGUUUAUGAAGAAACUGGAAUUGAGUUGACUGAUGGAUUAGCUAUGUUACCUGCCGCUAGCGUAUCAGCUUUAGUAUUCGCAAAUCCUGAAUCGCAGUAUUUCGCAGUUGGAAAAAUUGAAAAAGAUCAGGUUUUAAGCUAUACAGAGCGUAUUAAUAAGGAUUUAGAAGAAACAGAAAAAUGGCUACGUCCAAUUUUAAACUAUGGUAAUGAAGGUCAGAAAGUCAUGUCGAUUGUGGGCGAGCAGGAAAUACGAGAGAAAAUCAAGCAACUCAAUUUAGACAAUUGCCGCGUUCUUGUCACCAACGUGGACAGUCAGUCAUCUCUUAAUGGCGGGAUAGUUGUUCAAGUUCUUGGUGAAAUGAGUAAUGGGAACGAAGAGACUUCUAGAAAGUUUGCUCAAACUUUCUUCCUUGCCGAGCAACCAAACGGAUAUUACGUAUUGAAUGAUAUUUUUCGAUUUCUGAAUGAAGAUGAUGAUGUAAUUUCUGAAUGUGAUGAGGUCGAUGAAGGAGCCAUCGAAGAGUCGGUGGGAAACGAAGGAGGCGAGGAAGAUAUAGGUUCAUCACCCACCGGCACUCUUGUUGAAGAACCGAUUAAUGUCCCCACUAUAAUCGAAGGAGAAAAUGCCGUUGCACAUACGCGUGAACCUAUUGCGUCAGAUGUAACAAAUAGCACUCCAAACACCAACGAAACCGAAUCUGUCCCCAGUGCACCUUUACCAUUAAUGUCAGCAUCUACCUCUGAAGGGCAACAAACUAAUUCAUCUUUGGUAGCGUCAAAUGACACGUUAAACGCUUCCUCUGAUAAAUCUCAGGCCACUCAAAUUGCAGUCGGUUCACCCUCAGUUCACGCGAACAAGAAUUCGGUUACGAAUGUGGCGGUUAAUAUUCAGCCGGUUUAUCCGAAUAGAACACCGGUUCCUAACAUAGUGCCCUUUACAACUCAAGUAUCGCCACCUUAUAUUAAUCAACAACCAGUUCCUACGAUGAUUAAUGGGCCAUCAUCUCAAAAUAUGAAACAAUCUACCAAUGGUCAAAUUGGUAAUGCAUCCCCUACUUACGCUCAACGUUCGAAUACGCCCAGACCACAAACAGUUGGAAGUGGCCCAGCAUAUACUCAGGCAUCAAGUUCUAGAACACAAACGACUGGCAAUGGUCCAGCAAUUGCGCAACAAUUACAAAUCCCUAAAGUUGCGUCGCAAGCAGUUCCACAUACUGUAAACGGUUUGCAUACAUCAGUUCCUCGAUCAACCUCCCCGGUUUCUCAAAGAUCUGUUUCUCCGGUUGGGAAUGAUCAUAAAUCAUCUUUAAAUAUUGUCAACGGUGAGCCCGGAGUUGUCAAUCAAUCUGUUGAGAACGGGCAAUCUACUGUUACCAAACCAGCGGGCAAUGUUUCGGAUAAUCCUGAAGCUGCUUCUGUGAAACCGGCAUCAACUGUCGUAAAUAGUGAAAACCUUUCUAAAUCAACAUCUAAUGUCGCUAGUGGAGAAUCUACUUCUGUGAAAUCAGUAGUUAACGGCGAGCCAGUCACGCACGCAAAUGUUCAAAGCGGCUCUGACUCUAAGAAAAUCGGUGUUGCUACAACUAACACCGCUAACGUAAAAGAUGAGUCGACAGUUAAUGCCGUUCAGGCUUCCGGCACAAAUCAACAAGCCACACAACCAGCACCAAAGCCACAAGGGCCCCAAACUUGGGCAAGCACCCUCUUCAAAAGUGGUGGUAAUACGCAAACCGAGCCCAAGCCCCAAAGUGUUCCUGCAACACUUCCUGCACAAAAGGUACAGCAAAAACCGGCACCUCAAAGUUCGCAUCCACCUCAACAACAAACCCGGGAAAACAGAAACUUUCGUCAGGAAGGACUAAAAGGAAACAAUCGCCGUAACAGUGAUACAAACUUUUCUAUCUAUGUUAAAGGGGUCUCUCAAAAAGUGACCUAUGAUCAAUUGAGAUCUUCGCUCAGUUCUUUUGGACAGAUUAGACAUCUUGAUCUUAUUCACAACAAAUCUUGUGCAUUCGUCGAGUUUUAUGAUGAAGAAUCGUACAGAGAAUGUCUUAAUCGUCAUACUCUUACUAUUGCUAAUCAAUGUUUAACCUUUGAAGAGCGCCGCCCAUCUCGCAAUAAUAUUAACCGUGGUGGCAAUAAACCGCCUCGCGGAAGAGGCUAUUAA